ACGUCAAUGACAGUUCAAAGCAUUUCACAAGCGUGAUCAGUUUAAACAAAAUUUGUUGUCAGUGCAUGUAACAAUUAUUAAUUAGUUGUUACCGUAGCAAUAAGUAAAUUAACUCGAAUUCCAAAGAUCUACUCGUAAACAUGGUGAAAUCAACGUUCCACGAAGAAUACAAUGACGAUACAGCGGGCAGUAAGCUAGCGCGAAAAUCAAAGGAUUCACCAUUUCUUGUGGCUGGAUUAAUUGGUUUAGUUACCGUGUGCGGCAUUGGAGCAUACAAAUUCAAACAUCGUGGAGAAAUGAGUACGAGUGUAUUCUUGAUGCAAUUGCGUGUUGCUGCUCAAGGAACGGUGGUCGGAGCGCUGUCCCUUGGCUUAGCAUAUACAAUGGCGAAUAGAUUCUUGUUUAAAACGAACGACUCUGACGAAAAAUAAGGCUAGUGUGGUUGGGUUGUGGCACAGUGCGAAUGUAAUGUUUGAUUCGAUUAACGUUUGUGCGAGUAUGUUUUGGUAUUGAAGUGGAUCAAAUAAUAGCUAAAUUAUUUAUUAGAAAAUGGAAAUGUAUUACAAAUUUGUCAAUAGGUUUAUUGAUAUGCGAAAGAAAUAUAUAUUUUUGUUGAACGAC